UGCUGAUGCUCUGGGCCGCGAUGACGAGGUGUCGAGAGGCUGCGAAGGAAAAAAGCACAUGAUAAUGAAGAUAAUAGCUAUGCAGGUGGUCUAAUUGCUGCUUUGGACAUGGAGCCUGGUGAUCACUGGAUCCCUGAUGAUGUUGCUCAGUGGCUCGAUCACAUUGGAAUCCACCAGCAGGAACCGUCUCUCGACAUGUUGUAUGGUGAGGUUGCUCAGGUGUUCUCAGGCCCUGUCAUGCACAGCAGCUCAGAUGAUGCUGUUGUUGUUUCUGGUCCUGUUCUACAACGCCUGAUGCAGGAAAACUUUUGCUACGGAAACGGAGUUGGUCCAGAGAACCAGGCCAUGGCAUCGCUUAGCAACCCUGCCUCUACGGAGACUCCUCUCCCAGAGACGCAACCCAGACAGGAGCCACAGGGUCAGGAGCACCAGGUGGACAGCAGCUCCAUGGAAAAGAGUGUCAAAGGAGCUCAGAGCACAGCAGCGAGUGCCCAGGUGACUCUCACCAUGCCCGGGCUUGGAUCGUUAGAGCUUCCGUCGUAUGAGGAAGCUAAAUCACAGUCUCAGCUUUACAGAGGUCAGCAGGGUCAAAAUGAAGAGCAGAACAUGGCCUCCACACAGACGAGUGUUCACAGCACGGGUAACACGCUUACAAAUCCGGGUCACACGUAUACAACUCUAAAGCACACUCCCCAGGGCGUGAAUAGUCCGAAUCCUGGCAAGAGCCCACAAAUUCAGAUCAGUGUACAGCCAAACCAGCUCGUCCCCACCAGCACCAGCUCAUGUCCUCCGUCUCUCUCCUCUGCUCCCUCGCUUUCCGUCUUCGACCGUGCUGAGGGUCGUUCUUGGGUGCAGCGAGGGUUUACAGGCGUGGAUGAGGGCUUAGCCGGUCUUGAACAGGGCCAUGUGCGCUCCCUCAGUGAGCGCAUAAUGCAGCUCAGUUUGGAGAGAAACGGAGCCAAGCAGCCCAGAGACACCUCGCCUGUACGUGAAGAACGAACGCUGGUGAUGUCUAGCAAAACUGCCACUCCUCCACCUCCGAUAGGUUCCCUAGAGCCUCGAGGUCCUCCUCCUGAAUAUCCGUACAAAGACAAAUUUCAGCCAGCGUACCCAUCCAGUAUAAGCCCAGGUCCAUUAUCGCCAGAUCAAAUCCUGCCCUCCAUCGGAGCUCCUCUGGGACAGAUCUCUGUGCCAUCUCUAAUGCCACCUGUCGUACCCCAGGCUGGAUCAGGGACACGUUUGCCCCCUCAGGGACAGAUCGUACCUGCUGAGGCCUUUUCCAUGAUGAGCCACGCUCAGCACAUGAUGACUUUCCUCAGCGAUGAAAACCAGAGACUCAGACAGGAGCUGCUGAUGCAGACGGAGAAAACUGGCAAACUGCAGCGGGUAUGCCGUGUACGGGUUCGGUUGGAGGCUGAAGUCCAACGCCUCUCAGAUGCCUAUGAGAAUCUGGUCAGAAGCUCAUCCAAGCGCGAGACUCUGGACAAAACCAUGAGGAUGAAACUGGAGGGGGAGAUCAGACGCCUGCACGACUUCAACCGAGACCUGAGAGAUCGUUUAGAAACAGCGAAUCGCAAACUGGCAAACCAGGACGCAGAAGGGCAGGAGGACGGCCAUGUUUACCUCUCAGAGAGAAGAGAGAGUCUAAAGGAGAUGGAGAGGCUGGAGAUGGAGGCGGAGUCUCUUCGUUCAGCCACUGAGGAUCAGCGACGUCACAUCGAGAUUUUAGAGCAGGCUCUGAACAACGCUCAGGGCAAAGUGGUCAGGCUGGAGGAGGAGUUGGGGAGGAAGUGUGUGUACGUGGAGCGUGUGGAGCGUCUACAGCAGGCCCUGGCACAGCUUCAGGCUGCGUGUGAAAAACGAGAGCAGCUGGAGAAACGUCUGAGGACGCGUCUGGAGAGAGAGCUGGAGACACUGAGAUCCCAACAGCGUGCUGGUGUAGGUGUGUGUGAGUCCAGCGCCCCGGCCCUGAUGGACCUGCUGAGAGAGAGAGAGGAGAGGAUUCUGGGACUGGAGGCAGACAGGAUGCGCUGGGAACAAAAAUAUUUAGAGGAGAGCGCAAUGAGGCAGUUCGCCAUGGAGGCAGCGGCUACAGCGGCUGUGCAGAGGGACACGACCUUUAUGCAGCAUUCUCGCAGUGGAAGCUACAGUGACGCCUGUCUGUGGCCUCACGACGGAGACGAUAAAACAUACACCCGACGCUGUCAGGACAUAGAGACCAGGAUGAAGGAUCUCCACGCUCAACUGCUGGAGAAGAUCGCGAUGAUUAAAGUAUUGCAGCACCGUUCACGCAGAGACUCCACCCCACUGCGCCCCGCCCGUUCCGUCCCCUCCAUCGCUGUAGCGACAGGCCUGCAUUCCCGCCAGCCCUCACAGACUGAAAGUGUGCUUUUGGGAAAAGAGAACCACCUUCCUCCAUCGCUGCCCUCCUUCACGUCCUCGCUAUCGUCCCUCGUCCCGUCUCUCUCCUCCUCCCACCCUCCCUCCUUCGCUACUCUGUCUGUCUCCACCCUCCCUCUCCCAUCCAUAAUGUCCUCCUCCCUGUCUUCCUCGCUCCACUUGUCCUCCUCAGCCACUCUUCCCCUCCCCUCCACACACACUCACUCCCUUCCUCCACUGCCCCCCAAUGUCUCUUCCUCUCUUCCUUCUACUCCUCUUCUGUCACUCCAUUCUAAAUCAGCCAGCAGAGACAGCAGCACGCAAACAGGAAGGAGUCCAGAGUGUGUCAGAGCUACGCCCCCUACAGGCCGGGGUAGAACAGGAAGAAUGGAUUACCCAGCCAUUCAGAUGAAGUUCCCCGAGAGUCGAGUUCUCCACACAGCGGGGCAGAAGAUCAGACCAGCUGACUCGGACCUGGUGGAGAUUUUGAUCUAACACACAUCUACAGACGGAGCGGAGUCUCAACACUGGAAAAAUGAAAGACAAACACAGUCAGACAGAUAGGGAGGUAGAAAGACAGACUGAGGCUCGGCUGCACCGGUUGCGUAUACUUUAUCGCUCCUUGUAGAGAGGUUUGUCCUGAUAUCGUAUUUAUAUCACAAUAUUGUGUAUAACCUCACAGUUGGUGAUCAGUCAGGGUUGUGAUGUCACCAGCGAGCUUUGCUUCAUUUUUCCCUUAACGUCCCUCUACACGUUUAAUAAUGUUAAUGAGAGUCUGACAGAGAGAGGAAGGUACCACUUGCUUUAAAUUACAAAAUUCUGACAAAGGUGAAUUUGUAUUUGUGUGCGUGUGUUAAUCAGGUGUACAGAGUGAAGCAUGUUCCUUACACGGCUCAUUUGCAUACGGCGGCACCCUCAAAUCUUCAGAAAAGAUAAAGAGCGCAGAGCAAACCGAGCGCUCAGGGUAAAGCCUGCGUAUCAGAAGUGGAAGUUACUAUGACUCAUGUCUACACCAAUAGCAUGUUUAAUAACGUUCUAUAUAAAGCGAAUAAUAACAGAGAUGUAAUUAGUUUUUAUUAAUCUUCAUUUUCAUUUUCUUUAAUUAAAGCCAGUAAAAUAAAGCAUAUGGUUUUGACUAAAUGUUCUGGGCGGAGCUCUGAAUCUCUGAGCAUGACGCCAAAGCUCGUCUAGACAUCUGUCUGGAUAAGGAGGCGUCUGCUAAACGCUCUUAAGCUUAUCAUCAACACUUUGAGCUCUACAGAAUGUUCCGGACAGAACCGAGCAGGUUAGAGGGUCUGAGCUCCAUCAGCUCCAGGGUCACGUCAGGUCAUCCGCUUAGGUGUGAAUUUAUACACAGUCAGGAGCGCGAGCAGGACACACACAAGGUUCUUGGAUUUAACCGGAAUUUCAUGAAUGCCACAUUUCAUGUAAAAGCUCAGAUGAAUAAAUCCGCCCCUAUGUAGCUCGGCCCAGCGGGUGUGUGUUCCUCUCCACAGCGCUGAGGUUUUAGAGCGAGAGGUGCAGCCGGGUCUGGGUCACGCUGUCGGAGUCAGACAAAGCGAAAGUGUUACUAAGAAAACAGAAAAAAAAAGAAAGUUCUGAGCAGAGAGCAGUUCAGUGAAGUGAGUGGGUUUAAUGCAGUGUAUAACAGUGUGUGAACCUGAAGGCUAACAACAACUGUGUGUGUAUGUGUGUGUGAGUCAGUGGAGCUUGGUUCUGGAUAAUGAUGGGUCACACACACUCCAGCUUGUCUUGGGCUCUGCUACACAGUUACCUGGAGAGAAAAAAAGACUUAAUUUAUGUUAUUUUACUGGGAAAUUUUUUUGUUUCCUUUCAUGUGAGACGUGAUGAGAAGGUACGGGUGAUUAUCCUGAUGUGGAAAUGUAAUCUCUCUCACCGCGGCUCAGAGCGCGUACUCUGGCUAACACGACGCAAUAAAACCCUUCCUAAAUG